AUGUUUCUGACUGUGUACCUCAGUAACAACGAGCAGCACUUCACUGAGGUGCCAGUCACCCCCGAAACGACCUGCAGAGAUGUGGUGGAGCUGUGCAAGGAGCCUGGUGAGAGCGAGUGCCACCUGGCUGAAGUGUGGUGUGGCUCAGAACGCCCCAUAUCUGAUAAUGAACGGAUGCUGGAUAUUUUGCAGCGCUUCGGGAUGCAGAGAAGUGAGGUUCGUUUCUUUCUUCGGCAUGAGCGCUCUCCCUGCCGGGAAGCAGGGACUGGACAAAGGUCUCAAGAUCUAGCCUUAAAAAGAAAUGGUGUGAAAGUGCCUGGUGAUCGAAGAAUAGAGAAUGGAGUCACUGCUCCAAGGAUGGAUAUGACACUGGCUGAACUUCAGGAAAUGGCAUCACGCCAGCAGCAACAAAUUGAGGCUCAACAGCAAAUGCUGGCUAACAAGGAACAACGUCUGAAAUUCCUGAAGCAGCAAGAUCAGCGACAGCAACAGCAAGCUGCUGAACAGGAAAAACUGAAGCGAUUAAAGGAAAUUGCUGAGAAUCAGGAAGCCAAACUUAAGAAAGUGAGAGCACUGAAAGGCCAUGUGGAGCAAAAAAGACUCAGCAAUGGGAAAUUAGUGGAGGAGAUUGAACAGAUGAACAGCCUGUUCCAGCAAAAGCAGCGCGAGCUGGUGCUGGCGGUGUCAAAGGUAGAGGAACUCACCAGGCAACUGGAGAUGCUGAAGAACGGCCGAAUUGAUGGUUACCACGACAACCAGUCAGCUGUAGCUGAGCUUGACCGCCUGUACAAGGAGCUGCAGUUGAGGAACAAACUGAACCAGGAGCAGAAUGCCAAGCUGCAGCAACAGAGGGAGUGUUUGAACAAGCGCAACUCGGAGGUGGCAGUCAUGGAUAAGCGUGUUAAUGAGCUGCGAGAGCGCCUGUGGAAGAAAAAGGCAGCUCUGCAACAAAAAGAGAAUGUACCAGUUUCUUCAGAUGGGAAUUUACCCCAACCUGUGGCUUCUGCUCCAAGUCGAGUGGCAGCAGUAGGUCCUUACAUCCAGUCCUCUACUAUGCCACGUAUUGCUUCCAGACCUGAACUUUUGGUGAAACCAGCAUUUUCAGAUGGGACACAAGCUUUGCAGGCACCUGAUGGUCCACUAAAAACACAAACUCUACCCAACAUGAGAGCUGGGAGCAGUUCACAAGCUAAAGCUCCUGCAGCUUCUGUGGUCCCCAGUGCAAAACCUUCCCCAUCUGCCACUGACUGGAGUAGUUCAAAUACAGACAAUCAUAUUAGUCAAGGAUCAGCCUUGACUUCAGGAAAAGGAAUGGUGACUAGUGAAGGACAAGCUGAAGGAGAAACUUUUUUACGAGACAAAGAGAAGAAAGUGCGUCCAUUCUCAAUGUUUGAUUCUGUGGACCAGUCUGCUGGGCUCGGCACGCUGAGAAAGAACCAGAGCAGUGAAGAUCUCCUGCGAGAAGCACAGGCAGCCAAUAAAAAUGUAACAAAGGUGCCACCACCUGUCCCCACUAAACCAAAACAGAUAAACUUGCCUUACUUUGGUCAAGCCAGUCACCUGCAACCUUCUGAUACUAAGCUGGAUGGAAACCUGCAGAAGCUGCCUUUGGCUGUUUUAACUAUGGGGAACAAACAAAAACCAGUGGCACAGCAGCCUUCCCAUCCUUCUCAGCAGAUACAGCAAAGAAUUUCUGUACCUCCUGCAGGUCCUUCCUCUAGCCAGGACCAAAUUCUUCCCUCCUCCAAACAGGAAAGUCCCCCAGCAGCAGCUGUGAGACCUUUUACCCCUCAGCCGUCCAAAGAGACCUCGCUCCCACCAUUUCGAAAGCCUCAAACUGUGGCUGCAAGUUCAAUUUAUAGCAUGUACACGCAACAGCAGACUCCCGGGAAGAACUUCCAGCAGGCAGUGCAGAGCGCUUUGACGAGGGCGCAGACCAGAGGACCACACUUCUCGAGCGUGUAUGGCAAGCCUGUGAUGGCAGGAGCUGGUGUACAGAAUCAGCUGCCGCAGAUGGAGAAUGUCUACUCAAACCUCCAAGGCAAGCCGGGCAGUCCAGAGCCUGAGAUGGAAACAACAGCCUCUGCUCACGAGAAUCACGAAACAGAGCGAAUACCCCGUCCCCUUAGCCCGACGAAAUUGCUGCCUUUCUUAUCCAAUCCGUACCGCAACCAGAGUGAUGCUGAUCUGGAAGCACUACGGAAAAAGCUGUCCAAUGCACCCAGGCCACUGAAGAAACGUAGCUCCAUUACUGAGCCAGAAGGACCUAAUGGCCCCAAUAUUCAGAAGCUGUUGUAUCAGAGGACCACUCUGGCUGCAAUGGAGACUAUCUCAGCUCCAUCACAUCCUUCCAAACAGACGACAUCAGCUUCCAGUCCUGAAAGCCCAGCAGAAAUCCCAAAUCCUUAUCUAAGUACAGAAUCGGAAAAAGAAACAGCUGCUUCUAUGCCAGAACCGACCAUUGCUGAGGAAGCAGAAAACACACCAGCAGAUGAGAGUGAAGCUGUUCUUCCCUCUGUAGCAUUGGACACUGUACCUGAGGGCACGUCAGAUGGUGAUGAACUCACGCAGCCGAAAGUGGAAGAACCAAGCCUAGAAGCUUCACUGCCACUGGAGGUAUACAUGGAAGAAUAUCCUCCAUAUCCACCACCUCCCUAUCCAUCAGGGGAACCAGAGAGUUUGGGAGAGGACUCAUUCAAUAUGAGGCCUCCUGAAGUUACUGGGCAGUUUUCCUUGCCUCCUGGGAAGAGGACGAACUUGCGUAAAACUGGCUCCGAGAGAAUUGGGCACGGAAUGAGAGUGAAAUUCAAUCCCCUCGCAUUGCUUCUGGAUUCAUCUUUGGAGGGGGAGUUUGACCUCGUGCAGAGAAUAAUUUAUGAG